AGUGAGGAAAAAUCAUCAUCCCGCAUUCCCGCUCUAGUGCUAGUGCGCUAAUCGGUUCCGACUGUUUUUGUAUAUUUUUGGCCGUCCAAGUGUGUUGAUAUGUUAUUUUAUCGCUGGAAACCGUCGCUGCAAUAGCAAAAUUCGCUCGUUUGUGCCGUUGCCGCCGCCGCCGCCGCCAUUGACAACGUGUGUUUGUGACUAAUUCCUGGACCGGAAUAUCGGACCAGCAGAGGCAGCCAGCCAGCCUGCCAGUCAGUAUCAGUGUCGCACCCGGGGUGGAUGUGUUUUUGUUGUGUAUGAUAAUAAAAUGAAAUUUUGAUUGAAAACAAUGUCGGUGUGAUAUUUACCUUCGACCGUCUCGCCUUUUACGAGAAAGCAGCGGGUUUUUAUUAUUAUUGGAGAACAAGACGAUUAGUGACACACUGUGUGCGCGAGAGUGGAUCUAAACUGUGUACGAAAGCAGAAGAAAAAAAAAUCAUAUUUGUGCACAAAUUUGUUGUGGAAGAUAAUAUUGUUACGAAUAACAAACUCUGCUGUUUCGUUUGAUAACAAACAACAAGUGGACUGGUGAUUUUUUUCUUCGCACCCGGUUUCGCACAGAAGGAGUAGUGAAGAUGCAUACACUGUUCACCGAUCAGAACACCUUUUCGCGGCAUUAUGGCCACGCACAGGCGGGCUACGCAACGAAUACGGCUACGAUGGCUCCCGCACAUCACUAUCCGUAUGAGCAGUACUCGAGGUACACCUAUGCGGGGUCAGCUUAUGCCCUAACGUCGCCCCAUCAGAAUAAGGAAAUGGUGAAACCUCCCUAUUCCUACAUCGCCCUGAUCGCCAUGGCCAUUCAACAUUCUGCUGAUAAAAAAGUCACCUUGAAUGGGAUAUACCAGUACAUCAUGGAGCGGUUCCCCUAUUACAGGGACAAUAAGCAAGGAUGGCAGAACUCGAUCCGUCACAAUCUUAGUCUUAACGAGUGUUUCGUUAAAGUGGCUCGCGAUGAUAAGAAACCCGGCAAAGGAAGCUACUGGACGCUGGAUCCAGACUCGUACAACAUGUUCGACAACGGAUCGUUUCUCCGUCGCAGGCGACGAUUUAAGAAAAAGGACGCCCUAAAGGAGAAGGAAGAAAUGAUCAAACGCCAAAGUAUGAUGUUGGAAGAUAAAAUGGGUGACAUCAAGCCUAUCAAGAUAAUGGGGGCAUCCCAUUUAGAUAGCAAACAAUUGAGCCACCAAUUCAAGCGAGAACCUGGUCUCGAUCUAGCGACUCAGUGUAUGGUAAAAGAUUCGCUCGCACCCACCAUUCUCAACUCCUGUCAUGAGUCUCUGGCCACGCAAAUGAAUCACCUUUCGGCCAGCGAACACGGAUUCUCGGUGGACUCUCUGAUGAACGUUUACAAUCCACGACUUCACCACACCUCAUAUCCCUAUCACUUCAACGAUGAUAACUUGGUAAGCACAUCGAGCCAGCUCCGACACCACCACAGUUCCGCCCAUCAUCAUCCACCGCCCCAUGGAGGAUGGUACACCCCGGAAACACCACCGGAAUCCAUUGGAAACCUUUCCGGGGGCAGUGCAUCAACUCCAACCAUUCCGACGUCCGCGCAUACCAUGUCCGGAUUCCGGGAUAUGGUGUUCGAGCACAGUCAAACCAACUGCCAACUGGAUACGGGCAGUCCCAGCAAUAGCAUCACAUCUGCCAGCCCACCGGUGAUUCCGGGAUCGGCGAGUAGUUCUGCGGCGGCAGCAGCAGCAGCAGCUGCGGCGGGACACCUGUCCGCCGGGAACCUUAGCCAUCUGGGACACUACCGAUCGCACGUUGGGUACUAUCAGGACUGUGGCAUCAAGUACGGGGUGUAAAGGUAUAUGGUAACGCAGGCUGUAAGCUGAUCAGAUCUCUUACGUUAGGUGCUUUUCUUUAAUUUUGAGACUUCCUCGGAAAUAUUUAAAAAAAACAUUGACUGAUACGCCAAUUUUAAUUUAUAAUCAUGACACAUUUUCAACCAUUAGUAUGCAAUUGGAGUGAGCAUCUCAUUCCGAAAUUUCUUUGCCCUAAAUCAAAGAGGUGCCCACACGUGUAUAGCAUUCGAGAGGAAAGAAUCGUUAUAGUUGUUUCCACUUAGACGUUUUAUCACUACUGUAAGUGUUACACAAAACUUUCGACACUAGCAACGCUUCGCGUCGGAAGCAAAUUCGUGUUCUCGUAGAAACUUUUAAAGCAAACAAUUAUUGUACAUAUAGUCGGUAGUAAGUCGAAUGUUUUAAGUUCCGUUCCAAGCCAUGCCACCAAUAAUCCUACCAUUGUGUACAGAAGCUGCUACUUCAAUUCGAACGAUGCACAUAACGAAUGUUCGAACAAUAGGCGGAUAGGAACUCGAGCAUAGCAAAAAAAAAAAAAAAAAACCAAAACGAUGUGAUGUACCCCUAAAACAAAUGAAAACUGUGUACGUGUGUUUACUAUAUGUUGGUGUGAGUGUUGCGCCCCACUUGAGGCUGAUUCAACAGCAACAGCAAAAAAAAAAAAAGAACGAGAGAGGAUAAACCAUAGCGAAUCACUUUUUUCUGGUUCCUAGUCGGCUUGUCGGAAACGGAACAGAUGCAGUUCAGAAAAAUCAAAUUUGUAUAUAUAUAUAUAGAAAAGAUCUAGUGGCCAGCCAGCUUUCGCGAGGUAACGAUAAUAGCAGGAAAAUAGGGCGGAACGGCGGAGAGAAUAGUCGAAUUGUGACUUUUUCUCGUUCAAUUCUAUAAUGAAUUAAGAAAAAAAACUCACUGAAUUAGGGAGAUUUUAAUGGGGCGAGUAUUCUUCAAGAAUUCUUAUCUGUACGUGCAUUGCUAGGAAGUAUAUUGUAUAAUUAUAAUUAUUAUUUAAUAAUAGGUCCAAAUCAAUUAUUAUGAUAAAACUGCGAUGGAAAUGAAUG